AUGUCAGAGAGCGUAGAAGUUCAAAUUGAAGACCAGGAAUUCCAAUUGGAACCUGACAAUGAACUUAGGUUUGAAGUUGAAAACAAAAAUGAAACAGUUGUGUUAGAAUUGAAAACGGGGCUAGCAGAGAUUUUUGGAACAGAAUUAGUGAAAGGUAAAUCGUAUACGUUUUAUUUUGGAGCAAAAAUUGCGGUGUUUACAUGGCAAGGGUGUUCAUUAAAAUUACGAGGAAAAAAAGGAAUUAGUUAUAUAUCCAAAGAGACCCCAAUGAUGUUUUAUUUAAAUUGCCAUGCUUCAUUAGAACAACUACGAGUAAAAUCAGAAAAAGAAAAGAUAAGAGGUCCUGUUACAAUGGUGGUCGGACCGACUGAUGUGGGUAAAUCUACUCUUUGUAGAAUACUACUUAAUUAUAGUGCACGGAUGAAUGCUCUUGGCCGUAGACCCAUCUAUGUUGACCUGGACCCUGGUCAGGGACAAAUAUCAGUUCCAGGAACAAUUGGAGCAGUCAUGGUAGAAAGGCCAGCUGAAGUAGAAGAAAGUUUCUCUCAAGCAGCUCCACUAGUCUAUCAUUAUGGACAUACAAACAUGAGCAUUAAUUCAACUUUGUACAACACUUUAAUAUCUCGUAUGGCAGAAGUUAUUCAUCAACGAAUGGAUGAUAAUCCUAGAAUUAACUGUUCUGGAUUAAUAAUUAAUACGUGCGGUUGGGUCAAAGGUAAAGGUUACCAGCAUUUAACUCACAUUGCACUUGCUUUUGAAGUUGAUGUUAUUCUUGUACUUGAUCAAGAACGAUUAUAUAAUGAACUAGUGAGAGAUAUGCCAGUAUUUGUCAAAGUUGUUCUUUUACCAAAAAGUGGAGGAGUAGUUGAAAGGAGUAAUAAGUUUAGAUUGGAAGGUAGAGAGGCACGAAUUCGAGAAUACUUUUACGGUAGUCCUAGGAAUGUACUUCAUCCACACACCUGUGAAGUAAGGUUUUCCGACAUAAAAGUAUAUAGAAUUGGAGCGCCACCCAUUCCAAAUACAUUGAUGCCAUUAGAUAUGCAAAAAACUGAUUUAGAGACCAAACUUGAACCUGUUACUCCAGGGCCAAAUAUGUUGCAUCACGUGUUAGCUCUGAGUUUUAGUACAAUGGUAGAAGAAGACGUUGUUAGGACUAGUGUUGCCGGUUUUGUCUGCGUAACAAAUGUCGACACCUCACGACAAAUGUUAACUCUAUUGUCACCUCAACCAAAACCCCUGCCUGAAACAAUUUACCUCAUGUCAGAUGUACAGUUCAUGGACAACAAUGCUUGA